AAGAUUGAGCUAUACUCAACAAUAUCAUAACAUAUACUAUUACUACAACCCUUUCUCUCUCUCUCUCUAUCCUCUCUGUCUUUCUUUCUCUCUCUCUCUAAAAGGUUGAGUGUUCUUCUGGAUUAAGUUUUCAUGGGAAAUAACAUGGCAGAUGUAUUGAGUGAGGAACAGAUUGUUGAGUUUAAAGAAGCUUUUUGUCUUUUUGACAAGGAUGGAGAUGGUGAGUUUUCUGCUAUCUCCUCAAUUAUUGGUUGCAUUACAGUUGAAGAAUUAGCAACGGUUAUAAGGUCACUGGAUCAAAACCCAACUGAGGAAGAGCUUCAAGACAUGAUAAAUGAGGUUGAUGUUGAUGGAAAUGGUACCAUAGAAUUUGCAGAGUUCUUGAACUUAAUGGCUAACAAAAUGAAGGAAACUGAUGCUGAAGAGGAGCUAAGAGAGGCUUUCAAAGUGUUUGACAAAGACCAAAAUGGAUACAUAUCUGCUAAUGAGUUGAGACAUGUGAUGAUAAAUCUUGGAGAGAAAUUAACAGAUGAAGAAGUGGAACAGAUGAUUAGAGAGGCUGAUUUGGAUGGAGAUGGUCAAGUUAACUAUGAUGAAUUUGUGAAGAUGAUGAUGACAAUUGGAUAAAAGAAAAAUCUUCACUCACUUUGAUUGAUGAUACAAAAUUCUUUCCAAACGAAAAUUCAUUAUAAUCCAAUAUCCUUACUUUUUGUUUUCUAUUCAAGAAAAUUAAAUAUUAAUGUUUUUGGUUUGUUGUUGUUAUUUAGUCCAGUUAUGAUGUCAAUGACCACAAUGUAGAAUGACUUGACAAAACUACACCUUGAUUUGUUAACUAGUUCCAUAUUGUAUUUUAUUUUAUUUUUUUCAUUUUAGUUCAAUAUAGUUUCUGUACUUUUCUUAUUUAUUUAUUUAUUUAUAUUUUUAGUUUGAAAAGUGUACCUUCUAUUUAUGAAUAAAAGACAUGAAAUUUCAACUAAA